AUGACGCCGGCUGCGGACGGCGGCGCCGGUAUGGAUCCCGUCCCGUCGGCCUUCUGGUCCUCCGUGCACGUGACAUUGAUGGUCAUGGGCGUUGCGCUGAAUGGUGAGAGCGACAUGCGAACACUCAACACCUCCCUGGUGCUCGGCACAGUGGGUGCCGCAGGAGUGAUCUUCGCGUUUGCAGCACUGCAAGUUCUCCUCCCACAAGUUUAUCAGAGAUCUUCCAAACACAAAUCGAUCAAAGACACCGAUGCCACGGAAGAGUACCACCUCCAGGUACCCACAGGGAUGCGCUGGCUGGACUCUUUGUGGAAGGUAUGGAACACGACGCCGGAUGACGAAGUCCGCUUGGCGGGACUUGAUGGCUGGUCCCUGCUGGAGUUCGUGCGGCUCAACCUUCGCAUCAUGUCGAUCCUGGGCCCCUUCAUGCUGGCAGUGCUGCUUCCGCUACACUUCGUAGCCAGCCGUGAGUCCCAUAACACCCUGGACUUCUUGAGCCGGCUGGACAUUGGCAACUUGCCCAGGAACAGCUGGAUGCUUUGGUUCCACGCAGCUGUGGUGUGGUUCGUGGUGACAAUCAGCGCCUGGCAGAUCAAGCUGGCACAUGAUGGGUUCACCGAGCGCCGGUAUCAAUGGCUCGCAACGCUGCCUAGGCCCCGAUCGACCACCGUGAUGGUACGCAACAUCCCCCCCAUGUACCGCUCCGACAGUGCGUUGAAGGAGUACUUCGACACAGUUUUCUCGGAAGAAACUAUGCAGCACACUGUCGAGCGUGCCUAUGUAAUCCGCAGAACAGGCAGGCUGCCGCAGUUAGUGCAGCAGCUCCGUGCUGCUCGCUAUGAUGCGGCCGUUCUCUCCAACCGCAUCAACAAGGUGCGGCAGCAGGGGGCAACCGAGGAUGGGGGCCAGGAGCUUGAGCUGGAGAAGCACAGGCUGGCCAUUGCCAAUCUCAGGAGCCGCGUUGCACGGGAGCAAGCGGCCAUCGAAGCGGCGGCGCAGGGCCCACGGCCGGACCAGAAGGUAGGCUCUUCUUCCGGCUUUGUGACCUUCACGACCAUCCUGUCGCAACGCCUUGCGUCCCGGGAGCAAUGCACACGUGAUGUGCAGGCCUUCAGGAUGUUUAUGGCCCCGGACUCGCACGAUGUUCUGUACGAAAACUUAGCAGAGGACGACAUCAAUGCCUCCUCCUGGAAAUGGCUCGGUAGACUUGCCCUAGUCGCAGUGUUCCUGUUCUGGAUUCCCAUCGUGGUGGCCAUUUCUGGAUGGACCACGCUGAGCUCAAUUCAGGGCACGGUGCCCAUUGUCAAAAAGUUUGUGGAUGCCCACCCUGCUAUGGGCAACUUGCUCUCCGGCGUUCUGGCAACAGCGGCCUUGAAGAUGUUCAUGGCCUUCCUUCCGAACGUGCUGCACGCCAUCAUCACUACUACUUCCCAUCUCAAAGCUGGCAGUGUUGAGCAGCUGAAGCUGCAGCAGUGGUCUGCAGCCUUCCUCCUGCUUUUCGUGGUCCUGGUGACCUCCCUAGGACGAGGACUUACCAUCACAUUCAUCAUCAUCAUGCAGGAGCCGGCGAAGAUCAUCAGCCUGCUCGCUGCAUCGCUGCCCUCGGCUUCCCACUUUUACUUCAACUAUGUGAUCCUGGGAUGGCUGGUGCUUCCGCUGGAUCUGCUCCGCACCGGAAACCUGGCCAAGUGGUUUUUCUACCGCAAGGUUUGCGCUUUUGAGGAGGAGGAAGCCAAAGAGUACUCUGAGCCGGAGGACGUAGCCUACUAUGGCUUAGGCUCCAGAAUGGCCCGAUCUCUGCUGAUGGCUUCCAUCUUCUUCUUGUUUGCUUCGUGCUCGCCCUUGAUUUUCGUCUUCACUUGGGUGUACUUCUUCCUCGCACAAUUUGUGUACGGCUACCUCCUGCUGUUCUGCGAGAGCAAGAAGCCCGACACGGGUGGCAUUUUCUGGGUGCAGGCCAUGGAUCAGCUUUUCAUCGUGCUGGCGAUCUACGUGAUGCUUAUGGUCGGUGUCCUUCGAGCCCUCACGAAGGAGGACAUCUGGCUUGGGCCUCCUGCUGCUGCAUUUGCAUCACUGCUGGUUCUUUACAUGGCAAGGCGAGAGGUCAACAACUUGGCCUUCGAGACUCUGCCCUUGGAGGAGGUGGUCAAAGCUUUCCGGGACAGCAAGGACAGGACGGAGCAUGAGAACAUGUACAUUCAGCCUGAGUGCGACCCAAUGUUGGUGGCUGAUGAGUAA